UACCUCCUCCUCCAUACCCAGGUCUGGGGGUCUCAGCGGAGGUUAAAGUCCCCGCACCCGUGCAUGCUGUCCGUGGAUUGAAGUCUCAAGACUCAUCUUGCCUUAGGAAGAGGCCCAGAGAGGGAAAAAGAGGCAGGAACAUGGAGUCAAGAGUGACACUUUCUCAGGGACUGUUGACAUUCAGGGAUGUGGCCAUAGAAUUCUCUCAGGAUGAGUGGAAAUGCCUGGACCCAGCUCAAAAAGCUUUAUACAGGGAUGUGAUGUUGGAGAACUACAGGAACCUGGUCUCCCUGGAUAUUUCUACUAGAUGUGUGACCAAGGAAUUAUCAGUAAAAGAGGACAUUAAUAAAGGAGACCUAUCCCAAGCAUUGAUUUUGGAAAGACAUGAAGGCCAUGAUAUUGAUGAUUUUUAUUUUAGUGAAGUCCAACAAAAUAUACACAAGUUUGAGAGUCAGUGGACAUGUGAAGAAAGAAAUUACAAUGGGGUUACUGAAUCCAGUAACGAAAAUCUCCCUGGUAGAAGAGAUCAACAGUAUAGCAAAUCCUGGAAUAAUUUUUCUCUAAAGCAAAAUGUUUUUGUAAGAAGUGCAUAUCAGUAUUAUAAACAUGACAAUUCAUGUAUAAGGAAUAAGGAACUAAAAGAUAACCUAGGCUAUGCAGGAAGCAAGUGUAGGAAAUACUUAGAAAAUAGGCUUGUAUUACACUUUCAGUCACAUAUGGCUGAAAUACAGAGAUUUCAAAUGGAAGAGAAAAUAUAUGAAUGUAAUCAAGCUGAGAAAUCUAUUAAAUAUCAUUCUUCAGUUUCACCACUUCAAAGAAUUUGUCCUAGUUUCAAAAGCAACAUUCAUAAUAAAUACGGGAGUAUUGUUAUGCACCCUUCUUUGCUUACAGAACACCAAAAACCACAUGUUAGAGAAAAGCCUUACAAGUGUAGUGACUGUGGGAAGGCCUUUAGUCAGUGCUCAGUCUUAGCUAAUCAUCAAAUAAUUCAUUCUGAACAGAGACCUUAUAAAUGUAAUGAGUGUGGCAAGACUUUUAACAGGUUCUCAAACCUCACAAGGCAUCAAAGAAUCCAUACUGGAGAGAAACCAUAUAAGUGUACUGUAUGUGGUAAGGAUUUUAUGAUGCGUUCACACCUUUGGGGUCAUGAGAGAAUUCAUACAGGAGAGAAACCUUUCAAAUGCAAUGAAUGUGGCAAAGCCUUUUCUGAGCGUUCAAACCUUACUCAACAUAAGAGGAUACAUACUGGAGAGAAACCUUACAAAUGUAGUGAAUGUGGAAAAGAUUUUACCACACGUUCACACCUUUGGGGUCAUGAGAGAAUUCAUACAGGAGAGAAACCAUACAAAUGUAAUGAGUGUGGAAAAGGCUUUACUGGGAGUUCAAAUCUUACUCAACAUAAGAAAAUUCAUACUGGUGAGAAACCAUAUAAAUGCAAUAUAUGUGGCAAGGCGUUUAGUCAAAAUUCAAGUCUUAUAGUUCAUCUGAGAAUUCAUACUGGGGAGAAACCUUACAAAUGUAAUGAAUGUGGCAAAACCUUUAAGCAGUACUCUAGUCUCAAUAGACAUCAGAAUAUACAUCUUAGCAUGAAAACACAAACAUAUGUAUAGUAAGGCUUUUAUCGGAUGUUCACAUCUUUUGAAUAAUGAGAUUAAAUAUUCAUACUGAAGAGAAACCUUAUAAACGUAGCAAGGCCUUUAGACAAUGGCCUGGCCUAAGAGUUCACCAAAGAAUUUGUAAUGGAGAGAAGGCUUACAAACUUAAUUACUGUGGUAAGUUGUUUAGACAGGUUUCACAAUGAACUAUGUAUUAGAGAAUUCAUACUAGGGAGAAUUAAGUCCGUUCCUUUUCAAAGAUUAAUCAAAUCAGAUGUUACACUCUGUAAUCAAAAGUGAGACGUCUGUC